CGAGGACCGUGUCCAGGGGAAGGCUAUACUUGUCACGAAUGUCUUGAUGGGUGGUUCUGUCCGCCGGUGCAGACUCCGGCACAGCCUGCACCUUGCGGGUUUGGUUGGCCUUGCGUUCACUGCGAUGGGGGAUGGUUUUGUGUCCCUCAACCAACUCCAAAUCGGGAAACGUGCGCGAGGCCAAGCGGUCCAAAUACAAAUGGCCCUGGGUCCAUUUCUUCUACAAUUUCCUCGCCUCAAAACCCCUCUCAGCCAAUUCCAACACAGCAAACAGGGUCGGGUCGUAACAGGCCCGGCCUGAGAAGCCCUAGAGAGGCUUCAGGUUGGGGCUACUGUGGCUGCUGGGCUGAUCAACCCGACAACCGGGCGCUCAACAUGGAGCCGCAUCACAAUCUAGGCCUUUUGACUAACGAAGGGUGUGUUCAACAUUGCAUGGGUCAUGGUUUUCUUAUGGCCGGCACCGAAAAUGGAGAUAGCUGCUACUGCGGAAACUUUCUCAAUGGCACACGGAAACUUGACGAUUCCGUAUGCUCAGUUUCGUGUACAGGUGACUCUACGCAGGCAUGUGGUGGCAACAAUGCGCUCAGUUGUUACAGUCCUGACAACGAAGCCC